AUGACUAGUGAGGUGCCAUAUAACUUUUCGAUGAUUGGCACUUCUUCAGCUUCUACUGCUACAACAAACAGCGGUGGUGAGAUGGUUGGAGGCAUGAAUCAGGAGUUAUUGCACGAGGGACCUGGAAAUAAUAAUAAUAGUAAUAAUAAUAAUAGUGGCGGUAGUACGAAUACCCAAGAUGUGUUAUCAUUGUUAAACUAUUUGGUUCCAAAUUCCGGAGGCGAAUCGGGCUCAUCUGGGGUUAAUCCGCCUCCUCAAAUAGCAGACCCAACGACACUCAAUGAGCUCUUAGGACUAAUUAGUGGAGCUGUAACAUCUAACCCAAGUGGAGUUAAGGGUUCUCCUGAGCCAGCUCUGUUAGAUAAUACGGGUGGAGGUAAUAUGACUAACUCAAUUCCUUACUUACUUCCACUAUUGAUGAGUUCGGGAUCUAAUAAUGACCAGAAUGUAGCGCUAUUAAAUAGUUUGGUGUCAUCUACAGGGGUAAAUGGAGCUCAGCCAGCUAAUUUGAACCAAUUUGUUAAUCAACUACAGAAUCUACUGCCCCCUUUGGUACCUGGUGGAAAUGCUACCGGUAUAUCAAAUAAUCAACCUACUCAUACAGGAACCACAACCCAUCACACAGAUCAUCUACAACUUCUAUAUGGUGGUGGUGGUGGUAAUCUUGGUACAGAUAAUAAAUCCGAACUUUUGGCAGCUGCAGCAGCCUUUGCAGCAUCCAACGUAACUCCCCUAAAUGCAGGUCCUAUAUCUAACUCUCGUGGUAGAGCAAGAAAGCGCACAUCAACUACUCCUUUGGGUGGUAUGAGAGGUCGCCGUGAAUCUAAUGAUAUAUCAAAACGUAGAGUAGGAAGUCCUGGUCGUAAUCAUGGAAUGGACAAUAUAGGAACUCCAGGAACAAUGUUACCUCAUAUACCCUCGCUUGCGGGAGAUGGAAUGGAGAAUCUUGAUCAUGGUGGCAAUGUGAACUUAUUAAAUACUCCAGCAAAUCAUCAUGGUUCUCAGUACAAUGAAUUUAGUACAGAAGAUGCUAGACAUUCUGUUAGAUUUGAAAAUGGCUUGGUUCUAAUGACUAAGAGAUUUAUACAAUAUCUUUAUGAGCAAGGUGAAAGUAGAAUUAUAGACUUAGCUGCGGCUGAGGCACAUAUGGAUGUUCAGAGACGUAGAUUAUAUGAUAUUACAAAUGUAUUGGAAGGUAUUGGUAUUCUCAAGAAAAUGGGACGUAAUGCUUUCAUGUGUGCAGCCACAGUUCCUGAUGUCCUUAUAGAGAGAGAUGCUGUGCUAUCAUCUUUUGGAACAGUUGAUAUGAGUGUGAAACUGAGUGGUAACAUUGAUGACGAAUCAUUGAACUCUAUUCCAUGGUUUCAUAGCUAUAAUAAACUUCAGGUCCUAUCUAACGCUGAAUAUGAAAUGAUGGAGAAGACACUUAUACAGCGCAAAGAACAGUUACUACAAGCUUGUCAACAACUGGGGUUUACCGAUAUUGUAGAUCAAUAUACUAUUGCCAGUGCUUCCACCUCUCAUACAGCAGGGGCUAAUGUAGCUAAUUAUGGAGGAGCAACUCCACACUCUGGAAGACCUAAUCAUGUACCCAGAAACUCGGCAGGAUCUCAUGGAAUUAGCUUAAAUCAUGGACAUCUACGUGAGGAUAAUAUAUCAGUACCUAAUACAAUGGAACAAGGAAAUGAAUCUAAUAACCCUAGUGGAGGAGCUGGAGCUCUCUGGGGAAGCAUUAUGGGAGGCUCCAAUCGCGCUAGCAAUGUUCCAUCAAUUCAUCAUCCGGAUGCUCGUUGGAUAGAAGCCCCAGAUACUACAAAUCACAGCAGUAACGCUCCUAAACACCAUGUAGAAAAUGAAAACUCCAAUACUAGUGUCGCUCAAAAUGAUACAAUUAGUGGGUUCAAUGAGUAA